GCUGUCUGUGGGCGAGAGGAGCGGGCGCGAUGGCCGGGUCCGCGUGGAUCUCCAAGGUCUCUCGGCUGCUGGGCGCAUUCCAAAAUACAAAACAGGUGACCAGAGGUUUUGCUGGUGGUGUUCAGACAGUAACUUUAAUUCCAGGAGAUGGAAUUGGCCCAGAAAUUUCAGCCUCAGUUAUGAAGAUUUUUGAUGCUGCCAAAGCACUUAUUCAGUGGGAGGAGCGGAAUGUCACUGCCAUUCAAGGACCAGGAAGAAAGUGGAUGAUCCCUCCAGAGGCCAAAGAGUCCAUGGAUAAGAACAAGAUGGGCUUGAAAGGCCCUUUGAAGACCCCAAUAGCUGCUGGUCACCCAUCUAUGAAUUUAUUGCUGCAUAAAACCUUUGAUCUUUAUGCCAAUGUCCGGCCAUGCGUGUCGAUUGAAGGCUAUAAAACCCCUUACACCGAUGUAAAUAUCGUCACCAUUCGAGAGAACACAGAAGGAGAAUACAGUGGAAUCGAGCACAUAAUUGUGGAAGGAGUCGUGCAGAGCAUCAAGCUCAUCACCGAGGAGGCCAGCAAGCGCAUUGCCGAGUUCGCCUUUGAGUACGCUCGGAACAACCACCGGAGCAACGUCACGGCUGUGCACAAAGCCAACAUCAUGCGAAUGUCAGAUGGGCUUUUUCUGCAGAAAUGCAGGGAAGCUGCAGAGAAUUGUAAAAAUAUUAAAUUCAAUGAGAUGUACCUUGAUACAGUAUGUUUGAACAUGGUACAAGAUCCAUCCCAAUUUGAUGUUCUUGUUAUGCCAAAUUUGUAUGGAGACAUCCUUAGUGACCUGUGUGCAGGAUUGAUUGGAGGUCUUGGUGUGACUCCAAGUGGCAACAUUGGAGCCAACAGGGUCGCCAUCUUUGAGUCGGUCCAUGGGACAGCCCCGGACAUCACAGGCAAGGACAUGGCCAACCCCACUGCCCUCCUACUCAGUGCUGUGAUGAUGCUGCGCCACAUGGGACUUUUUGACCAUGCUGCCAAAAUUGAGGCUGCGUGUUUUGCUACAAUUAAGGAUGGGAAGAGCUUAACGAAAGAUUUGGGAGGCAAUGCAAAAUGCUCCGACUUCACAGAAGAAAUCUGCCGCCGAGUCAAAGACUUGGAUUAGCGCUGCACAGGUGGUGUUUGCUGAGUCAGUCACUACUGCAGGACUCCCCGUGAGC